AUGACUGAGCUGAAGGCAAAGGGUCCCCGGGCUCCCCACGUGGCGGGCGGCCCGCCCUCCCCCGAGGUCGGAUCCCCACUGCUGUGUCGCCCAGCCGCAGGUCCGUUCCCGGGGAGCCAGACCUCGGACACCUUGCCUGAAGUUUCGGCCAUACCUAUCUCCCUGGACGGGCUACUCUUCCCUCGGCCCUGCCAGGGACAGGACCCCUCCAACGAAAAGACGCAGGACCAGCAGUCGCUGUCGGACGUGGAGGGCGCAUAUUCCAGAGCUGAAGCUACAAGGGGUGCUGGAGGCAGCAGUUCUAGUCCCCCAGAAAAGGACAGCGGACUGCUGGACAGUGUCUUGGACACUCUGUUGGCGCCCUCAGGUCCCGGGCAGAGCCAACCCAGCCCUCCCGCCUGCGAGGUCACCAGCUCUUGGUGCCUGUUUGGCCCCGAACUUCCCGAAGAUCCACCGGCUGCCCCCGCCACCCAGGGGGUGUUGUCCCCGCUCAUGAGCCGGUCCGGGUGCAAGGCUGGAGACAGCUCCGGGACGGCAGCUGCCCAUAAAGUGCUGCCCCGGGGCCUGUCACCAUCCCGGCAGCUGCUGCUCCCGGCCUCUGGGAGCCCUCAUUGGUCCGGGGCCCCAGUGAAGCCGUCUCCGCAGCCCGCUGCGGUGGAGGUUGAGGAGGAGGAUGGCUCUGAGUCCGAGGAGUCUGCGGGUCCGCUUCUGAAGGGCAAACCUCGGGCUCUGGGUGGCGCGGCGGCUGGAGGAGGAACCGCGGUUGUCCCGCCGGGGGCGGCAGCAGGAGGCGUCGCCCUGGUCCCCAAGGAAGAUUCCCGCUUCUCAGCGCCCAGGGUCGCCCUGGUGGAGCAGGACGCGCCGAUGGCGCCCCGGCGCUCCCCGCUGGCCACCACGAUGAUGGAUUUCAUCCACGUGCCUAUCCUGCCUCUCAAUCACGCCUUAUUGGCAGCCCGCACUCGGCAGCUGCUGGAAGACGAAAGUUACGACGGCGGGGCCGGGGCUGUCAGCGCCUUUGCCCCGCCGCGGAGUUCACCCUCUGCCUCGUCCACCCCGGUCGCUGUAGGCGACUUCCCCGACUGCGCGUACCCGCCCGACGCCGAGCCCAAGGACGACGCGUACCCUCUCUAUAGCGACUUCCAGCCGCCCGCUCUAAAGAUAAAGGAGGAGGAGGAAGGCGCGGAGGCCUCCGCGCGCUCCCCGCGUUCCUACCUUGUGGCCGGUGCCAACCCCGCAGCCUUCCCGGAUUUCCCGUUGGGGCCACCGCCCCCGCUGCCGCCGCGAGCGCCCCCAUCCAGACCCGGGGAAGCGGCGGUGACGGCCGCACCCGCCAGUGCCUCAGUCUCGUCCGCGUCCUCCUCGGGGUCGACCCUGGAGUGCAUCCUGUACAAAGCGGAGGGCGCGCCGCCCCAGCAGGGCCCGUUCGCGCCGCCGCCCUGCAAGGCGCCGGGCGCGAGCGGCUGCCUGCUCCCGCGGGACGGCCUGCCCUCCACCUCCGCCUCUGCCGCCGCCGCCGGGGCGGCCCCCGCGCUCUACCCUGCACUCGGCCUCAACGGGCUCCCGCAGCUCGGCUACCAGGCCGCCGUGCUCAAGGAGGGCCUGCCGCAGGUCUACCCGCCCUAUCUCAACUACCUGAGGCCGGAUUCAGAAGCCAGCCAGAGCCCACAAUACAGCUUCGAGUCAUUACCUCAGAAGAUUUGUUUAAUCUGUGGGGAUGAAGCAUCAGGCUGUCAUUAUGGUGUCCUUACCUGUGGGAGCUGUAAGGUCUUCUUUAAGAGGGCAAUGGAAGGGCAGCACAACUACUUAUGUGCUGGAAGAAAUGACUGCAUCGUUGAUAAAAUCCGCAGAAAAAACUGCCCAGCAUGUCGCCUUAGAAAGUGCUGUCAGGCUGGCAUGGUCCUUGGAGGUCGAAAAUUUAAAAAGUUCAAUAAAGUCAGAGUUGUGAGAGCACUGGAUGCUGUUGCUCUCCCACAGCCAGUGGGCAUUCCAAAUGAAAGCCAAGCCCUAAGCCAGAGAUUCACUUUUUCACCAGGUCAAGACAUACAGUUGAUUCCACCACUGAUCAACCUGUUAAUGAGCAUUGAACCAGAUGUGAUCUAUGCAGGACAUGACAACACAAAACCUGACACCUCCAGUUCUUUGCUGACAAGUCUUAAUCAACUAGGCGAGAGGCAACUUCUUUCAGUAGUCAAGUGGUCUAAAUCAUUGCCAGGUUUUCGAAACUUACAUAUUGAUGACCAGAUAACUCUCAUUCAGUAUUCUUGGAUGAGCUUAAUGGUGUUUGGUCUAGGAUGGAGAUCCUACAAACACGUCAGUGGGCAGAUGCUGUAUUUUGCACCUGAUCUAAUACUAAAUGAACAGCGGAUGAAAGAAUCAUCAUUCUAUUCAUUAUGCCUUACCAUGUGGCAGAUCCCACAGGAGUUUGUCAAGCUUCAAGUUAGCCAAGAAGAGUUCCUCUGUAUGAAAGUAUUGUUACUUCUUAAUACAAUUCCUUUGGAAGGGCUACGAAGUCAAACCCAGUUUGAGGAGAUGAGGUCAAGCUACAUUAGAGAGCUCAUCAAGGCAAUUGGUUUGAGGCAAAAAGGAGUUGUGUCGAGCUCACAGCGUUUCUAUCAACUUACAAAACUUCUUGAUAACUUGCAUGAUCUUGUCAAACAACUUCAUCUGUACUGCUUGAAUACAUUUAUCCAGUCCCGGGCACUGAGUGUUGAAUUUCCAGAAAUGAUGUCUGAAGUUAUUGCUGCACAAUUACCCAAGAUAUUGGCAGGGAUGGUGAAACCCCUUCUCUUUCAUAAAAAGUGA